AACAACCAGGUAACUUAGUGACUGUAAAGUCAUCGGUCAACUUGGUCGAACAAACGGUACUUUAAUCUCUUCAGAAAUUCACAAGAGAAAGAAGAAUUGACAAAAAGGGAACUUCCAAUAUGUGCUCAUCUUUAUGAGAUGAGUUGGGAAACAACAAUCAUAAUUUUCAUAUUGUCAUUCAAGAGAUCUUUGGUUUUUGGUGAGCAGAGCGAUGAAGUUAACUCAAAAAAGUUUUAUGACCAAGUGGAAUUUCUUAUUCGAUCUUGGGCCCCCUUGAUUUACUUGGCACCAGGAGAGCUGUUCAAACCUUCUGGUAUCGAUGAUUUUGUCAAAAACGUCUAUCCAGCCAAUGCAGAUGGAUUACGUCUUACGAAGAAAGUAUUGCAAAACGAGAAAUUGUACAUGAAAACACUUCAAGAUGUUGAGUCGUUGAAAAACGACAAAGCAUCAUUCUUACAUGGAAAAGACGACAUACAGAGUGUACCUGCUUAUGGCUUAGUGACUUAUUGCCAUAAAGAUCCACAAAAUGUGGAAUCGAAAACUUCCCUCAACUUCUUCGUGUCAUAUUGGUUUUUUUAUCCCUACAAUUUGGGCAAGGAAAUUUGUUUCUUGGGAAGAGUUCCAACGCCCUCCGUUUUUUCUGCUUGUUUCGGAAGGAAAGUAUAUAUGGGUGACCACGUGGGAGAUUGGGAACACGUGACCCUCUCCUUCAGAGGCGAAAAACAUCCCGAUUCCAUUUUCGUGUCAACCCAUGAGUUCGGCGCCUACUAUAAGUACAACAAGUUUCUACAUACCUUCAUUUACGAAUCUCAAAGGUCCAACAUUAAAAUGAUUCAGAAUAUACGAUUCCCAAAGUUUCUCCUACUGAAAAACAACCACCCGGUGCUUUUUUCAGCAUGGGGAUCCCACGGGUUUUGGAGUGAACCGGGGAAUCACACGUAUUCAGUGGUACCAAAACUACAGGAUUUCGCAGGGUUCGGCAACAAGUGGGAAACAUGGAAAAAUCUGAAGAUUUAUCAUAUGGGGUUUGAUGGCUUGCCCAAAUGGAUCUCUUUUAGAGGUAGAUGGGGAAACCCUAGGUCCAAUUGUAUAUUGUUUAAAAAUCUGGGACUUUGCAAGCAGGCGGAUGGUCCUUUUGGACCUAGAAAUUCGGAUUUCACCUGUAGUAAAAAAUGAUACAAUUGAAUUACCUAAUUACUGGUGUACGUAAAAAAAAAUUCUAUAUUUGUAAAUAAAUAAUAAUUCAAGAAUG